AAUGAAAUCAAAGGAAUCAGAUUGGCCAUGGAUCGAAGCCAUUGUUUCUUUCCGUUUGGCAACCUACUUACUUUUCCAUUUGGCGGCUUGUGGAACUUUUGGUGAAAGACACUUCGUAUGAGUAGAUAUUGGACUGUAGAAGAACAUGAAAGAUUCUUGGAAGCUAGAAGGAUAUAUGGCAGAAAGGAUACAAAGUCCAUUGCAGAAUAUGUCGGUACUAGAACGGUGACCCAAGUAAGAACUCAUACUCAAAAAUAUGAAAGAAGAUUGGAAUUGGCAAGAAGAACAGGUGGUCCAGGUUUUCGAGUCCGGUCAAAAAGGAACAGCGAACAACGAGGUUGGAAGAAUAAAUAUCCAAAUAAGAUCACAAUAAGGAUGGAACAGGAUAGUUCUGUGAGUUCUACUAGUAGCAACGUUUCUGUGACCAGGAAUAGUAUAGAAUUUGCCCGUUGUCAUAUGGAUACACAGAGUCCAUACUCCGUUCAACAAACAUAUAUGUACUCGGAACGCAAUCCUUCGGAUGCAGAUCCCUUUGAGCUCGUUGAUUCGGAUUUGUACAGCGAUUAUUUGAGUUUUCCAAACCAAUCAGGUGAAGCAGCGAACAACAAUGCAGCUACAGAUACUUCUACAAGACCAUGGGAUGACUCAGGCAAGAAUAUUUGUCCUUAUAGUGCAAGUGUGCACGAACUCUAUUCGAAUCUUCCAUUUUGGCAAAAUGUAAUAGCCAAGUCCUCUUGGAGGUUACAUCGAGCCAAAACACCUUGGGAAGGUUUGGGGUUUGAAAGGGAAGGAUUUGUAGAAAGUUCGAACGAUGUUGAUAAUAAUGAUGGGUUGUGUAAAGAUGAAAAUGUAUUGGACGUUGACAACAUUGAAAGUACCGAAGAUUUGGAGACUGCAUUGAUGGAAUAUUUUCAAAGGAAACCUGGUUUUACUUCAUUGAAUGAGGCAGACACAUUUCCAUUGCUACAGUCGAGUAGUAGUCCAUCUUCUUUUAGAAUGUGAGGAUUCAAGAGUACAUGUAACAUGGUUAUUAUAGAUGUGUCGGGUAUUGGAACAAGUUUUUAUUGGCUCUUUGACCUUGUAAAGAAUAUUUGGUUUGUCUUGUCAUCUAUCAUUCUUUAUCCACAUAUAUGUGUUUAGACGGUAUAAUAACAGUGAUGUAAAGUGGAUUUCGAGUUGAUUUAUCUAUCCU